AUGUGUCGUGUUAGAAGUGACUCUAUCGUAGAAGACAAGAAAGCUGGCUCAACUGGUGCCCUGCCGGGAUAUGUUCUGAGCCGAUUCAAGAGAAUGAUAGAGCCGGUUAACGCGAUGAGGAUGACGCUGAUUACCAUCCUACAAUACGGAGCUCUGUGGCGUCAAACCCUUUCUCUCGAAACUGCCAAACAGCUGAAAUCCACCGUCACCAAAAUUAUCUUCAUAAGAGAACAGUUUGCCAAACAAAUGGACAUUUUUGAUGAAGCUCUGCUCAACGCCGACAAUAUCCACCCAGAUGCUUUUCGAGCUUGCUCGAUGUUCCUAAUCAAAUUGGACCAGCUAAUGAACAAAUUCGAAUUGAGAUCUUUGCAAUAUCACUUUGCAAAUGCAAUCGACAAUAAGGAUUUAGAAAAGAUGGAUUCUUAUCUGGAGUCGGCAAAUAAGAUGUCCGCCGAGUUUUCUGAAGCAUUGAAGGAUGAUGUGAAGACUGAGCUAGAGGCUCUUUCGUUGACUGAUUCAAGUAUUCCGACUUUAAAGAAUUACUGA